CACAACGUACACACUUGUCUGACAGAAAACAAACGGGCAUCGAUUAUUUUAUGUGGGUGGUAGAGAAAACAAACAAAAUAUAGAAUAAAUUCAGAAUAUCCAAGAUCUUGCAAUCAACUAAAAAUGGCCCAAGUCGCUGAACCUUUAACACUUUCUAGAGACAUUAAAAGAUCUGUGGAGUUACUAGAAAAACUCCAGAAAAACGGCGAGGUGCCAGCGACCAAACUCGCCGCUUUGCAGAAAGUCCUGCAAUCAGACUUCCUCAAUGCAGUGAGAGAAGUGUAUGAACAUGUGUAUGAGACUGUUGAUAUUCAGGGUUCACAAGAUGUGAGAGCCUCAGCCACUGCCAAAGCCACUGUGGCUGCUUUUGCAGCCAGUGAGGGUCAUGCUCAUCCAAGAGUGGUAGAACUACCUAAAACUGAAGAAGGUUUAGGGUUUAAUGUAAUGGGUGGCAAGGAACAAAACUCCCCAAUUUAUAUAUCAAGGAUUAUCCCUAGGGGUGUUGCUGAUAGACAUGGGGGAUUAAAGAGAGGAGAUCAACUGUUGAGUGUUAAUGGUGUUUCUGUAGAAGGUGAAAACCACGAAAAAGCUGUGGAACUACUGAAGCAAGCCCACGGAUCAGUAAAAUUGGUAGUUCGUUACACACCAAAAGUUCUGGAGGAAAUGGAAUUGCGUUUUGAUAAACAACGCGCCCGCAGGCGAAACAACUACAAUUAGGCUUAAAUAUUUAACUUUAAUUCUUAAAAAAUAGAUUAUUUGUGCAAAGAAAUAUAAGUAAAGCAUUUAUUUAUGAUUAUGAAAUAGUAUUUGGAUAGAAGUUGAAGAUCUUUUGUGGCUUUUAUAUUUAUAUUCAAAAAUUGUUUAGUAUUCCAUGAAUAUAUGUGUAAUAGUAUCAAAAUAUUCAUAUUAAAGCUCUAGUUACUCAUUAA